AUGUUUCUUAAGAAGGCUGUUUUGUCAAAGAGUCCUUGGAACUAUGGCUGCAACUGCAAUUGUGAUUGCAUUCUCAUUGUAAUCUAUGGUGAACAUCAGCAACUGGCCUUCACUAGACCAGGAUAUAAAGCUUGGAUGGAUAUAGAAAGUUCUCAAAGGAGCUUUGCUGACAUUGCAUCUUACAGCGGUAAAUUUUAUGCUGUAGAUCAUCAUGGUGGACUGGCUGUUUGUCACAUUGAUGAUAACAAAAAGCCAAGGCCUAAAAUUAGACGCUUUCGAGGAGGUCAUUUUUAUUCAAAGGUAAAUGAGUCCUCUGAGUCCGACUACAGUGAAAAUGAAUCCAGUGAUGAAGACUCUGAAGUUGAUGUUGAAGAUGAGGACCGUAUGGAUGAAUCUGAUGACAAAGGCUUCAAUGAAAAUGAAAACCUCUAUGUGACAAUUGGUUCAUCAUUGUCAUUGACUGCAUUGAGCCUCAAUGGAAUCAAACCUAAUUGUAUCUAUGUUACAGAUGAUGAUUUACCCCUUUUUCAUUGUACACAUAAUGGUGGAGGGUUUGACAUGGGCGUGUUUAGCAUGGAAAAUGCCACAGAUAAGCCACUUUACUCCGGCCAAUCCCUUUCCUUCUUUUGUUCCCCACUUUGGUAUAUCUGA